AUGCCUCGCUGGCCCCUUCCUGCCGCCUCCUCUCUGUUCCCCUCGCCCGUGCCCUCUGCAUGCCCUCUCUGGCUUCCUGCACCCGCUUCGCUCCUUGCGCCAGAGUUCCGCCUUCCGUUCUGCUCUCUUGGCGACUUCCACCUGCCUCGUACCGCCUCUCCCUCGAUCCUCCUCGCCCCUCUGUCCGUCCCCACUGCACCGUCGGCGGUCCGUGCACCUCCCGCUCCUCCCAUCUGCUCAUCUCGCGCCGGGUCGCCUCUCUGGCGAUGGCGCCGCUCCCUCUCCGCCAAGCGGGACUGCUCCUUCUUCCCCUUGCCGCACGGAUUCGGCGCCUGCCACGCUCGAUGGCUCAUCUCUGGCCCGCCCAGCUCCUGCCGUCCGGAGCUCUCCGUGCGCCGCCCUUCCUCGUGGGGAUCGUCUCGACCGCGCGAUUCUGGCGGCGGGGUCUCUAAUUCCGCGACCGCCACCGGGCCCGUCUCCGCUUGCGCUUCCGUCGGCUCGAUUUCCGCACCGCCCGUUCCUCCUGCUCGCGCCUCAUUCGCCCCUUCUAUCCUUGCCUCCUCGUCUGACCGUCCCGAUCCUUCCUCCUCGUCCUCCGCGCCCUGCUCCAGCGUCUCUUCUUGA